CACGCGUACUGCGACUAUUUAAGAUCAAAACGUCCGUCACACGGUACACAAAUUGGACAGCAGUGGCUUGAAAGAGACGCUUGCUUGCAGUUUGUACUUUUGAAAACGUACUACGUACAAAUCGCCGUCCGUCUUGAGCCCAUCACGUUAUUAUUAUCAUCAUGAAGGUCUCUUACACAACCACCGUCCUGUUGUUAGCCGUCGUGGCAGCCGCUACGUCGACGGAAGUCCAAAAGUCCACCGCCGCUGCCGCUCCGUCGCCAGUACAAUCACCAACGCCUUUCCCUGGCCAAGGAAGCGUUCCGUACCCGGCACAGAGCUAUCAAUUCACGUCUGACUACUCCGGACAGUUGGCUAAAUCUUCGUUCGGACCUAAGGCCGCCUUACCAUCGUCUGCUUUCGCCGCUUACCAACCGCACCAGCAACAACAGCACUACAAUUUUGGCCCAUACCAACAGUACUAUCCGGCUUCCGGAUACCCCGCCGCCGGACCGUACCCGUCCGCGUACUCUACACAACCGUUGGCCGGCGCCGCUUACCCGACUCCGUACUCGGCUUACCCGUACCCGGCUCAACCGUACCACGGUAGCUCUUACUCGCCCAAUCCGGCUGCCUUCCCGUCGUACUACGGAGGUCAAUUCGGCGUCCCGUCCGCCGCUCAAUACAACGGUCACUACUCGGCUGCCGCUCCAUACAACGGUCACUACUCGGCCGCCUCGCCGACCGUCACUCCGUACUCAUCGCUGCCUUCCGCUUACCAACAACAAUCGCUACAGCACUCGCCGUCGUUCUAUAACAGCGGUGCAGCCGGCCAACAGUACGGCCAGUCCCAACAGUACCUCUCCCAACAGCAGUACCCGUCCCAACAGUACCAAUCUUUCUACGCAAACUCGCCGGCCGCCCCCGCCGCCGCCGCCACCACCUCUGAUUCGGCCAAAUCCUCAACUGAGAGGAAAUAAAAACGAUUAUGAUCAUCAUCACGGAUACCCUGCCACAAGAUUUUUGACUUAUUAUUUCACUACUUAGGAUAUAUACGUGUAUAUUAUAUUAUUAUUUAUUCUGCUUCACUUAUUGCCAUAUUAUAUGAUCAAAUUAAGCAUAAUAAUAUACUUAACGUAAUUAUAAAAACUGUUUUAUAGUCAUUGUUAUAAUAUUAUAAUACUGGUUCUGUACGGCA